AUGUAUCAAGCUGCUAACUCAAAAAAUGACGAAUUUUUUAUGUCUUCUUUUUCAUCAAAUUCAUCUCAAAUAUACGGUAAUUUAUAUGAUGCUAAUUUAUAUAAUGAGAAUUUAGAAAGUGGUGAAAAAUUCGAUGAUUUGAAUGAAAGCUCAGAGGCUGAAAAGGAAAUAUCAUCAGCUACUACACGCAAAAAUGAACAACCUUUAAAUAAAUCUAGCAGAAAAAGAUUACCUUCCUAG